AUGGCAGACUGGAAGGCGCAGAUAAGUUACAACUACAACCCCUCUUACCAUGCCUAUGCUUAUGGCCUUAUGUACCAACCUGCGCCUGAGCAAAACCAGGGGAACUUGACCUGCUGGGGCGAAGCCGGAGUCACGGACUUGAACAACUACAACACCGGGGUAACACAGGCCUACUACGCCACCACCGCCAGGACCCGGGACGAGUCUCCACCUGGCAGUCCGGAGCAGCAUGCCGUAAACGGCCAUCACCACUACCAGGGUUCCGGGGUGGUGUACCUCGGUGACACCCAGGCAGGCCGUCUGUUCCGGGCCAGACCACACCGGGCUGCCUACGAUGCACGGGCACAUGGGGUCAGGCGAGCAGGGAGCGAUUCAACUAGCGACUCGGAGCCGCACACCUCACCAGAGCCAUGGAGUUCUAGCAGUAGCAGAGGAGGAAGUCUGCCCCAGAUAGACUCUGCUACAUGGACAAAGAAAGAUCUUGGCAACGAGGCAGGCAGCAGGAGCUCCACUGCCAGCAAGGAUGUUUCCAGCUCUCUGGUGGAGGAGCCACAGACCUUUGCUGUCACAAGGAAUAAAAGCACCAACAACAUCCCCUCUUUACACGUACCCUUAACUGCCACUAAUAAGCUAAGUAAUACUGUUGGAAAUAACCCUAAAGGAAAGGUCCGGGCUGCCUUCUCAGAGAGUCAGAUGAAUGCUCUUGUCCAGCGCUUUAGCGUGCAGAGGUACCUCACCCCAGCUGAAAUGAAGAACCUGGCGGAAAUGACAGGACUGACCUACAAACAGGUGAAGACUUGGUUUCAAAACCGAAGGAUGAAGCUAAGAAGGCAUCAGAAAGAUACCAGCUGGGUGUCUGAGCGCUAUACAAUCAACAAGGACAGCCCACUUAAUGGAACCAUAUACACCAACAUUCCCUCACAUAUCCCAUCUUAUCAGGGAGAGGCCCAACCCCAGCUCAAGGAGCAUUACAACCAGCACAUAGUGGAGGCAGCCUUAAAGAAGACUGCUCCUCAGAACGUGGCCUUUUAUUUGGCUGCUAUGGGCAGUGCCGCUGGACCUCCUGGGUACCACUCCUGGUCGUCCACUUCAUCCCAGACUGCAGUGUCCACAAGGCCCCAGGCAACUGGCUGGUCCAUGCCCCCAGGUGUCAGCCAGUAUGAAUACAGUCCCAAUGUAUUCAACUUAUCUGCAAGUAACACUGGGCAUGAUAUGAGCUUUGAAACCAAAGAUGAGGAGCCUGUCGACAGCUGA